GGCUGUCCAUUUCUGUUGCACAAUCCAAUUAGCUCUGAGUUACACCGAUAAGAAAACUGGACCAGAUCACAGAGGCUUUUUGUGACCACUUGUACAUCUGUUUGUUGGCUGGUAAACCAUUUGAAGCAUCCUCAGCACAAGUUCUAAUCAAGGCUUUAACCAGGGAUCCACACGGAAACAAUCCUGCUUCAAACAGCAACGUGAAACCUGCGAUGGUGUUCACUGCAUACUUGCUGGCACUUGUCUUCACCGGGACAGGAAUGGCUGCAAAAUUUGUUGUUCCACCAUGUGACAGCCACAUGUUUGAUAGUGGUGUUGGCUACUGCCUGUCAGGCUUCAACAGGAGCAUGGAGACGAGUGGUUAUCAAGACAGGUGCCCAUGGCCUACUGUAAAACGCACCUACAACGCACUGAAGGUUUGCGUGGAUGAAUGGGCAAGUGUGUCUUGGUGUAGGGGUCACGGAUUUCUGGUAGACGAGGUCUUCCUGGAAGUUCAUAAGAUGUACUUCAAGCUCUGCGGACAGGUCCACGACCCCCCACUCACCACUCUCAUUAUGUUAAUAGCACCUGUUUUAAUCGCCACACUCUUCCUGCCAGUUCUGUGUGUCAGUCUAACCACCUGGGAUACAGAGAUGCCCAGCACUUUGGGCCUCUGAUGUGCUGGGCUGACAAAGGAAAAUUGCAGGAUUUUUCAGCCUGGGACUAAUUCCGACAGUGGGUCAUGCUAGCUUUGCACUAACCACUGGGGGCGCAGAGAUAUGAGGAAAUGUGGGCUCUAGCUAAACAACAAAUACUGUACAUAAGAUAGGCUUUUUCAAUAAACCUCAAAUUUACAAAGUUUGUUCGGAACAAUUUGCCAUAUAACUUCUUUUCACUUUUGGUCAGAUUCUGUAAUAAUUCAUGUAAAACAGAGACUGAGUGCAAAGCUGGCAUCACCUAGUCAGAACCAAUGAUUGUAGAAAUUUAAAAAAGAGAAGGCCUUCUGCAGUUUUCCUUCAAGUAAAAGAGACUUGCUUACACAUGUAUACAAACACAAACCAACAUACAAUGUACUAUGGCACUAUUACAAACUUAAAUUUUGGAGGACCUUUUGUUUUAUAGUGUUUCUAUGAAGAGUGCUCAUAUUAAACAUGGCCAAAGUGCUAAAUAAUGAUGUAAACAUAUAAGGAGGUAAUCUCUGUGAGCAAAAACCUCAGGUUUUCUACUAUUUUGAACACUCCGUUUCCAAAAGGAUUUUCUACUCAGCUAUAGUAUGACAUCAUAGUGUGCUGGAGUUCCUCUGCUCUAGGCAUGCAACUGCAAGUGUAUAUAUUAUGUAGGCUACACUGCUAAAUUAAGCUACAUGCUAAUGUUAGAAAAACACAUAAACUUGGUUGCCAAUGGUGUCAAUUUCUUGCUGAUUUCGAAAGAUAUUCCUGCCAGAGCAUAUCCGCCUUUGUUUAGAAGUUAUCACUGGUGAUAAUUCACCGUAAAAGUGCCGCUAUCCUCAGUUACAGUUAUUCCCUAGCUGCAAGUACACGUUAACAUCAAGGAAGCAUGUAAACCUUUCUGCUGAUGUUGUAAAUUUUCCCUCAAUAUUGGGUCAUAUUCCUGUUGGAACAUGAUGCCUGACAUAAGGUCUGCGGUUAACACAAGCUUACAGGACUUUUUCCUUUUCGUUCUACGACAUAAAACAAAGACGUUUGCUAACAAGUGGCUAAAUGAGACUACAGAAUGUCAUCACCAUGGCUUUACAGCAUCGUUGUGGUAGGGGUGUUAAAUCAUGUAACUGUAGUGUGGGUCGUCUAUAGCCUAAUGAUAGCUUUUUACUUCCGGUAAUAGCAUUUAGGCUUCAAAAAUCAAUAAAGUGGUGUCCAUUUGUGAACAUUACCUUGCUGAACAAAACGUGUACAUUUUUAAAAGGUUUGUUUGCCACAGAGCUUAUUUUCCACAAUCAUUCACAAUCCAGUGAAAAAAUUCCAAACAUUUUUUGACAAAGGACCAGGGAGAAGCUAACUUCUGCGUCAGCCUACAUAAAAAUGUCAUCCCUUGGGGACUCUAUUCUCCAUUACAGUCAUUCCCUGGCUGCAGUGACAGUGCAGAGAUGCCAAUCAGAGCAGACUGGGCUUUAAGGGGGCUUAAAGAGACUGGCACUAACAUACAGAGUCAGAGGGUGAAUACAAGUGUUCAAGCACAGACAGUAUUUUUUUUUACCACUAAAGCAUGUAAGAAACCUUGAAUACAAGUGUGAACCUGAAAAUGAGCAUUAUAGGUCCUCUUUAAAUUAAAAGUGCCCAAUGAAAGAUGAUAUUUUCCACUAAUAUUCAAUAUGUUCUUUUCAUUUUCAUUCUAAAACCUUACAUUGCAUGGUAUCAAAUGUGUUCCACAUCACUGGCUGCUAUUUCUUCCAGAACAACUGUCAAGCCAUUUAUUGUUGCAAUAUUUUUUCUCUCCUCAAAUGUCAAAUGUUCUAUAUCUCUCAGUGGCUGGGUGUGUCAUGAGGUUCUGUAAAUCAGCACGCAUUAAACAUAUCAUCAUUCUGUAGGCAGAAAUUUAUACUUGACUGUCUAAAUACUUUGCUGUGAAUGUCUGAACUUUCUGGAACUAAUUAUUCUGUCAUAUAUGGUGAACCCCACCCAUCUGGCACCUAUAGCAAGUAGAGGAAAGCAAAACCUUAAUGAUUUACUGCACCAGUUCACACCAACUUCACUCCAGAAGUUUAUGUGGCACUUGAAUAAUUUGUAUUGUAUCAUCAACUUUUUAAGCUGACCAAAAAAAAGAAGAAAAAAGAAAAGAAAACAAUGAUUCUGUUUGUAUUUGAAACACAUAAUAAAUAUUUAUUUCAGACAAAAAAUAAUGUUUUACAGUCGUUUGAAAACCUCUUUACAACAAGAUGGACCUGCUGUUCAGGUAUCCACACAAACUGAGUGUCAGUCUCUGUUAAUGAAUGCAAUCACACUGCAUGUCAUAAUUUUGUCAUCAGAUUAGUAUCCAUCAAAAGACUGUUAGUUAGACUUCAUGAGGACCGGCUGUGUGUCAUCAAAACAAUCUAACGCUCCAUUAAGCAGUGCUUUCAAUUGAACUCGAGUCUAAUGCCUACAAUGGGAAAUUGACUGCCAAUCUCACUGAGAAUCAACGACCCAAUGUGCAGCUCUGUGCUCUACUGUCCAAUGGAAUAGCCAUGUCGCUCUGUUUCUGCUGGAUGUGUAACAAGUUACCGUGAGCUUGCUGUAAAGUUUCUGUGCUCCAGAGGUUAUAAAAACACUUAGCGCAGCUUAAACAGUGCUUUGACAUUAAUACUGAAGUUUUAUGGAAAUCAUAGCUUUAAAUGAGCGGCAUCGUUGUAGAAAUCAGGCAUGCCUGAAUGAACAUAUCUUUCACAACACUGAAAUAAACGUUUUGUGUUGAUGAGAAUAUUUCACUGAAUAAAAAAAAAAGUAUCUAUUUAAUAUACAACCUACAAGAUCAACAAAAUAUGGCAAUGAAGAACAAAAUUUGGAAGCUAACCCUGCCAAGGAACUAAUCCUUUGGUAUGCAGUGCAAUUAAAGAAACAUGACUGGCAUUCCUGUAGUAUCCAAAAGAUACUAUCCACUUAAAUUCUGUGCUCCGCUAUCAGCAUGAACUACCUUCCUUAUAAUAGUGGAUCUAGUUUCAAACAUCUGAUUUAUAGCUAUAUAAUAGUUGAAACUAACACACUAUUCCAUAUGCUAGAACUCCAAGAUUGCCAGACGUCUUUACUCAAAGCAAUGAUGCUGAAUUAAAAGAGGUUCAAAAAUAACAAAGCCAAGUCUUAGAUUUUGGUGGGUGGUCUGCCCUGCUACCAUGGUGGUAUAAGGCGACUAAAUGUGGUAAACGCAGAACAUUGACAUGGCAGAACUUUGAGGGUCAGAAAAAAACUAUUUUUCUUUUCAUCUUGCACGUUUUAACAUUCAGCGCCCAGAAGGGACAGAGUGGCAGCACCACACCUUUUAUUAUCUUAAAUAAUACCCACAAUUCCACUUUCUCUCUUGUGUAAACACCAAAAGGAUGUUUUGCUACGUAUAUGCUCGCUGGCUCUGUCUUGGCUAUGGGCUACGCAGCUCCACACACACUCAGACACACCAGGUCUUACCAUAACAAGAGCACGUGGAUGUGUUGAGCAGUCUAACAGACUUGUAUUUUCAGACAACAAAGGCCUUUGACUCUUUUACCACUGUGGGUUGACCAACACAGCAAAUACAUAGUUCCACUGAAUUUAGACGGCAGUUGCAACAACUUGAACUAAAAACGUAUUGGUCAAAAUUCACAUCAGAUGUUAACAAGCUAAUUUAGUAUUUGUUAAGACAAAAUUUAGACCCACACAAUGAUUGUCAUCUUAUUUAAAUGGACAUUUUGUUUGAUCAGGUCAAAAUUGUUUUGAUCAGAUGAUCACAGCUGGUGUCCAUCUAAUCUUUGCUUCUCAUAGGACUGCACAUGUAAGUGUUGUGUGAAUAUUAGCCUGCGCUGGUUAAGUAUGGAAGGUAAUUAAUAACAAAACUAUUUAUUGAGCACAAAACAAAUUCAAAUUCUAGUCAACAUGAGAGCGUACAGGGACAGAUCCGCCCGUUGUCAUUUCAAAGUCGUCAAAUUUGAAAUGCCCCUCUGUGUCUGUUAUCAACGCACAGGGCACUUUUUACUGUAUCUAUGCGAGGUAUAGCUGAAACACAUUUUAACAGGUGGUUGAUUUGAAAUGGUUUAGCAAAAAAACAAAAGAAAAACAAAUCAAACCUGCUUGGUUAAGUUUAGAAAAAAAACAUGUUUUGGGUACAAAUAAGUGUGGCAUAAUAUGAUGUUAACACAGGUGUAGGCAACCAGCGGGUCUGGAGCCACAUGCAGCUCUUUAGCCCCUCUCCCAUGGCUCUAUGUGGCUUUUACAAAAAAAUAUAUGGAAAUGACUAAGUUAAUUUUCAACAUUUUAAUUUUUCAUUGCUGUAGGCCUAAAGUGAUUCUUACAUUUUUCAGUUGUAAAAAUGUCUAACCUAUACACUCAAAAAAAAAAAAAAAAAAAAAAAAAAAAAA